UGUAAAUAUUUAUACAGUAUUAAAUUUCAAUCRGUUGAGUGAAUCUAUCGCUGUAUGCUCGAUAUUCCGCUAACAUUAGCUUUAGUAUACCAACCUACGCCCCACAGUCAUCGCUUAAACCAAAAAAAUGGAGACUCUGAAGGGAUAUUUGAUCCCAAAACCAUUCAGCAAGUAUGGAUACAUUGUUGCCGUUGCGAAUUUAGUUGCUGGAUUCAUUGUUGGAGUAAUAACCAGUAUCAGAAGGACUGAAAGAAGAAACUUUAAUUGCAUCACUGAUAAAGACUUCUUGACAACAAGAUGUUUCAACCAAUACGAACAAGAUUACAAUUCUUCUCUACCGCUGUAUGGCUUUGCUUGGCUUACUUUUGGUAGUUUGGUUGUUGUUUGUAUUAUUUAUGGCUGGUGUUUAGCGAAAUCUCGAGUAGAAGAAAUCGAACGACGUUGCACACCAACUCCUGACAAUCCUCGACCAAUUCCAAUCAAGACUCGCCGUAUUUUCUGGUAUUAUUUAUCCCAGCUACUGUUUCRAUUUKGUCUUGGGACUAUCUUUGUUUUUCUUCAACUGACAGGACUCCAAGCGCUUAAUUUCCCUUCAGAAUUUCAGUGUCGAACGAAUUCAAAAGRAACAARUAUUGCAAUUGUAGACUUGAAUGGGACAUAUUCUAAUUCGUCAGUUAAUAUUCUGAACUGUGAGAACUCAUUUGCCCGAGAGAAGACUUUUUGGGCAAAAUUAGUGUUGACUUUCCACAUAAUAGUUGCAAUUCUUGUGUUACUGGAAGCAUUGUGUAUUAUUGCAAGAGCUUGUCGCAACAAGAACUUUACGAGAGACUCUGACUUUUGCCAAAGGUAUCUUGUCAGUAAUACAACAAUUUCUUUAUCUCAAAUGGAUUUUGGAAUG